CAACAGUACAACUUUCAGCACGGAUUACGCUGGAGCUCAGUAAGUUCACGAGCACGGAGUACGCGCGAUCCAUUCUCGCAAAAUAGCAAACGCGUAGGACGAAACACCGCACUAAUCACAGACGAUCGAAGGAUUAAAUCGAACGUGUGAAACAUCAUCAACAGUUCCAGCCAUGGACGAACCAAGGUCCGAUAUUCAAUCCUUCUACAAAGACAAGACCAUCUUCAUUACUGGCGCUUCUGGUUUCAUGGGCAAGGUCCUUGUAGAAAAGUUGCUGUACAGCUGUUCUGAUCUCAACAAAAUCUAUGUCUUAAUGCGUGCUAAGAGAGGUCGCAGUUUCGACAAUCGGCUCGAAGAUAUAUUCAAAUUGCCUUUGUUUCAAAGAAUACGAACUGAAAAGCCUCAAGUUUUAAAGAAAGUAAUACCGUUUAACGGUGAUAUAUGUUCGGAUAAUCUGGGUCUUACUGAUGAACAGUGUGAGAAUCUAAUAAAUGAGGUAAACGUGGUAUUCCAUUGCGCCGCGACUCUUCGAUUGGAGGCGAAAUUGAAAGAUGCUGUCGAAAUGAAUUUGAUAGGAACAAAAAGGAUACUGAACUUGGCCAAAGAAAUGAAGCAUCUGCGGACUUUCGUGCAUCUAAGUACAGCCUUCUGUCACGUCGACCAAAAAGAAUUAGGCGAAUGUACCUAUGAUUCCCCUGAUAAUCCUCAGGAUAUCAUAAGACUCGUUCAAUGGCUAGACGAAGAUACUAUCGAUCUUAUUACGCCCAAGUUACUACAUCCGCAUCCAAAUACGUAUACAUAUUCCAAACGUCUGGCUGAAACGUUAGUGGCCAACGAAUAUCCUAAUCUGCCUUGCUGCAUUGCUAGACCAUCGAUCGUGAUACCUUCUUACAAGGAGCCGAUGCCAGGAUGGGUCGACAAUUUGAAUGGACCUAUAGGAUUGCUUGUUGGUGGAGGCAAGGGUGUUAUCAGAUCAAUGCAUUGCAAUGGCAAUUAUAAUGCCGAAGUUGUACCGGUUGAUGUAGCGAUUAAUACUUUAAUCGCAAUUGCGUAUAAAAUAGCCACUAGCCAAGAAAAUUCGGAAAAUAUACCCGUAGUCAAUAUAACGCAAAGCGAUAUAACACGUAUUACAUGGGGCGAAAUAUUGGAGAAGGGUAGACAAAUUGUUUACGAAUAUCCUUUCGAGGGACAAGUUUGGUAUCCGGAUGGUGACAUACGUAGCAAUAAAUUUAUACAUAAUAUUUUCAUCUUUUUCUUCCAAAUCAUUCCCGCGUACUUCAUCGACUUUCUGAUGCUGAUAUUUCGACAAAAGAGAUUUAUGGUCAGAAUCCAGAACCGAAUUUUAAACGGCCUCGCGGUACUGCAAUAUUUCACCACGCGGCAAUGGAUAUUUUAUAAUAAAAAUCUAAUUGCGUUAAACAACGAAAUGUCAUCAAUAGAUAAAGAGAUAUUUCCAACUAUAAUUUAUAAUGCCGACGUAAUGGGGUACUUUAAACAUAUAGUCCUCGGCGCGCGGCAAUACUGCAUGAAAGAAGAUUUAUCCACUUUGCCAAAAGCCCGUCGUCAUCAAAAAAUGAUGUAUGUUAUCCAUGUCACGACAAUAUACUUGUUUUACUUCGGAGUAUUAUAUUUUAUAUAUAACAAUGUUGAAAUAGUGAGGUUUUUCCUGGAUUAUGUUACCGAGAAAAUAAAAUCGCUACCGUUUAUAGGCGGAUUCGUAGAAAUGAUGCAUCAUUGACAGCAUUUAUUCUUAAAACAAACAUUCUAUUACAUUUGUGUUUAUUGCACUAUGCAUAUAAUCUGCGGAACGUGACAAGAAGACGAGAAACGGUAGUCUCUUUAACAUUUAUUGCCCGACGCAUCUCUUACGUAUCUAUAUUUUUGAACUGCUUAUAAUUACGCGCAAUGGGGCGUAUGAAUAUGAAGGUGAAAGGGAAUUUCAAUAUACAGGCGGUAUAGAAAUCUUCCGGCGACUGACAAUAUUAGCUGUAAGUUUAAAAUGAAAACAAAGAUUAGAUCCUACAUCGUAAGCAUUUCUAAAAGAAAAAAGAAUGGAUCUUACUAAUUAGUUUUUAUUUCUUAAUACAAAUAUAAAUGUAACAUAAGCAUAACAUAAACGUUUUUAAAAAGCUUUAAUGAGUAUACUAGUUUUUUAAUGAUAUAUGUAAUUUUGAUAGAUACUAUAUAUUACUAUGUUAUCCUCUCUCUCUCUCGACAUAUGCAUAUUUAGUGAAAUAAAGGUCUAUAUAUAUAAACAUACAAUAUGUAGAAAAAUAAAAAAACAUGUGGUGGUGUAAAGGA